AUGAAGCAGAAACGAAAAAGGAAGCAUCUAGAAAGGACAAGUUCCCCCCAAACUGUCAAGAGGUCCAAAGAAGACAAUACUCUGGUCCCUGAGGCAAAAGGUGAAUCCUCUGAAUCAGAAUACUCUCCCUGCUAUUCCUCCUUGAGUCAUCUGUCUUCUGCAGGAAUCUCAAAAUCAAGCAAAUUUGAUCCACCACCUGGCCACUGUUUGGAAGACAAUACUCUGGUUCCUGAGGCAAAAGGUGAAUCCUCUGAAUCAGAAUACUUCUCCUGCUAUUCCUCCUUCAGUCUUCUGUCUUCUGCAGGAAUCUCAAAAUCAAGCAAAUUUGAUCCACCAACUGGACCCUCUUUGGAAGACAAUACUCUGGUCCAUGAGGCUAAAGGUGAAUCAUCUGAAUCAAAAUACUUCUGCUAUUCCUCCUUGAGUCAUCUAUUUUCUGCAGGAAUCUCAAAAUCAAGCAAAUUUGAUCCACCACCUGGCCACUCUUUGGAAGACAAUACUCUGGUCCCUGUGGCAAAAGGUGAAUCCUCUGAAUCAGAAUACUUCUCCUGCUAUUCCUCCUUGAGUCAUCUGUCUUCUGCAGAAAUCUUAAAGAAGCAAAAGGAUACUCCACAGCCUGGUGAGAGUACCUCACAGGAAGAACACAGUGCCGUUGUCUCAAGUGACCUCCCCUGUGCCUCUGACAAUAAGAAUACGGGAGAUGUUCAUUGCAUCUAUAUAAAACAAAGCCUGGAGAUUCGAGGGGAAUCUCAGAGAGGACAAAUAUCCAUAAGUGCAGGGCCAUGUUUGCAAAGGUGGAGUCUAAAGAAAUGUCAGAUCUCUCGAGAAAUGGAAAUAUAA